AAGCGGCAUAUGUCGGGAAUAAGAAUUAUGUGGAACAGAGGGCGGCCCCUGCCUCUUAUAAAAAAGUGGAAUCCGUUUACGAGAGAUAUACCAUGGCUCACGUAUGCCAGUCAUCCAUUGUUCUGGUACAAAGAUGGAACCGAGAUUGUUAAAACGAGAUUUGACAUAGAAGCCUUCAAUACUACGCUCAAAAGUUUACUACCUCGUGAAUGCAACGUCGUCAAUGUGCCGAUUAUCAUAGAGAAUUAUUGCGGUCUCGGUGCCUUAGUGCACAAUAGGAACGGUUUAGGUUUCUUUAAAGUACGCGGCAAAGUCAGUUUUUAAUUCCUCAAAUUUUAUAGAAUUGCAAAUAUUGCAAAGUAUUUCUCCGAACUUGAUAUUUUCUCCUCGCUUCUAGAAUUUUUUCUUACCACAUCACACAUGUGGUUUGAAUUUCUUGUACAGUAUUAUUGUAGAAAGCAAUUAAUAUUACAACACAAUCUUCUAUAUCAAAAAUAAAUAUAUAUACAUGUCUAUAUAUUAAUAAUAAU